CGAAUGCUUCAGUCAGGGUUGCUCAUUUUGGAACAGACUGAGAGAAAGCAGAAUCAAAAUGAAGAAGUUUCUUUUGUUUGUCUCCCUUUUGCUCCUGCUGAUUGCUGUUACAGACACUUCACCAAUUUUGUCUGAAAAAGAUGCCAAACAGAUGCUGAGGACUCGUCGUGAAGACAGACCAAGAAAAGCUGGUUUCCCUGAUGAACCAAUGAGGGAGUAUAUGCUUUACCUGCAGCGCUUGGAGCAGAGAUCAGAAGAACAAUUCCUUGAACACUGGUUGAAUCCUCAUUGCCUCCCACACUGCAACAGGGAUCUGGUGCAUCCAAUCUAAUGGACCUCCACAUGGAUUUAUACAUGAUUGUGUUAAGGAGGACAAGAUUAUUCCUGCAUUGGCUAUGUGCUCAUUGUAGAGCAAACCUCUCUGCAGUAUAGUGCAAUCCUCAUGAUACAGCAGAACUUCCAGCUCUAAGUGGCUUGAUGAAUUAUAGACUACCAUGUAUUUUCUACCAGCAAUGAUUGCAUGCAUGAAUAACUGAAUUGAGGGUUUCCAGAGUUUCUGAGGUAUGGGCAACUGAUUAAUCCUAGAGUAUCCUUUUAAGGGCACAGGUUUAGACUGUCUGAAGCAAAAGGAACUUGGAGGGAGAGGUCAAUAGAAAACUGCAGAAUACCAACAUGAAGAGAAGGCCAGCUUUCUUGGCUUUGGAGGAAUCCUUAAUUACAGUUUUCUAGGUUAAAUAACAAUAUUGCAUGAAGACACAACAUUUAUGUAACACUAUGUCUUACUGCCUGAUGAGUAUUUAAUGUAUUGUUUCAUAAUAAAAGCUUGACUCAAUUCCA